AUGUCUUCUUUGUUUUAGGAAGUACCACUAAGAAAAGUUAUUGCAGAUAAAACUUAAGUAACAGUAAUUAUCUUAAAUAGAAAAUAGCCAUUCUAGUGAUGAUGUUAAAAGAUAUAUAAAAAGAAGAGGAAGAAAUUUUGAAAUAAUUUAACAAAAUGACUAAAGAUGCUAAGACGAUUAACGAACUAUAUGAGAUUAUGGAAAUGAUUAACUACGAGAUGAGUGUUAGAAAUGAUGACAAAAUGAUGAUUUUAGAUGAAAUCACUCAUCAGGAAGAGCUUCUGUAAGUGCAUGAAUAUAUUACAGACUGAAAGAGUAGGAGAGUCUAUAAAAGCAAAUAAAUAGUAUAUCCAAAGAUCUAGAGACAUCAGAGAAGUUUUAAUAAACUCGAUCAUUACGUCAAACUGGUAGAUUCUUGUAAUUCAAUCAUAACAAUCAUAAUUUGAAUGUAGAAACUAAAAAUCUUUAAUCAAAUAUAAUAACAAGUUAUGAUUUUGAAGAGUAAUCAAAAUUGAAUGACAAAAUUCAAGAAAAUAUAUUUAAUGAUCCAAUUAAAUAUAAUACAUAAGAAGGAAUAGAUGAAACAUAAGUUUAUGAUUGGAUUCUUGAUAUAGAUCUAAUAAAUAAUGUAUAAUAAGGGUGGACAGUAUAUAUAAGUAAACAGUUCUAGGCAAAUAAAGAAUUGGUUGGAUUAGCCAAUAACGAUAAUAAAGUUUAAAUUAAAUGGGAAGGUGCUACAGUUGCCGUUGUAGGAUUGUAUGAUAAAGGAAAAACCUUUGUUUUAAAUAAUCUUACUUAAUCUAAUUUACCAUCAGGGAAAAAAGUUACAACAAAAGGAAUAUCAUUUAAACAUGUUGAUGUUGAUUCAGGUACUUAAUUAAUUUUAGUUGAUACUGCUGGAAGUUAUUCACCUGUUAAAAUUUAAUCAGCUAUGAGUAUUGUUGAAAAAGAAGCAACAGAACAUUUUAUUAUAGAUUUAGUAUUUGAAUUAAGUGAUUAUUUCAUUUGUGUAGUAAAUGAUUUUACAUCUCUUGAUUAAAGAUAUUUAGAUAGAUUAUCAAGAUAUAUUUAAAAUAGUUCAAAAACAUUUAGAGAAAUAAUUGUAGUUCAUAAUUUAAAAGAAAUUGAAACUGCUGAAAUAUUAUAACAUGUUUGGACAACAUAAGUAACUUAAAUAUAUUCAACUGGUGGAUCUAUUUAAAGAACUAAGAUUGCAGCUACUAAUCCUAGAAUUAAUGAAUUGUAAGAAAAACAUGUUCUUUGGUUUAAAACAUAAUAUACAAGACAUGUUUGUUUAGUUAGUGAUGAUAGUUAAUUAGGAUUAGAUGUUAAUCCUUGGGUUUUCUCUUUAUUAAAAUAUUGGUUAAAAGCAGUAUUUGUUCCUGUUAAUAGAUAAUUCUCUGUUUGUGAAAAUAUUUUAUAAUAUGCUACUAGUAAACUUACUUAGUAUUUUAAAAGAGAAGUAAAUGUUAAAUUAAUUGAUACUGAUAAUUAAUAUGUUAAGAAAAUUGUUUAAAUGGAGGCUGAUUUAUAAGAUGGAGAAUUGAAAAUUCCUUAAACAAAUAUUGAUUAAUCUGGAUUAAUAUUAGCUAGACCUGAUUCAUUUGCACCUGCCACUGAUAUUAUUGCUAAUGAUAAAUAUAUUAUUUAUAUGGAUGUACCAGGAAUUAAUGAAGAAGAUAUUGAAAUGUAUAGAUAGAAUGUAGUUACAAUUGUUAAGGGAAAUAGAAAAAAACCUUAUUAAGAAGAAUAAAGUGAUCAUAUUAAGAAAUAAGAGAGAAAAUAUGGUGAAUUUACUUUAAGUUUUAGAAUUCCUGAAAAUUUUGAAAGAAAAUGGAAACAUUUUGGAAUUGAAAAUGGUGUAUUGAAAAUUGUAUAUGAAAAAGAUAAAGAUGAUAUUGUUCCAAGCAAAUUUGUUAAUUAAACAUAAUGA